CACCUCGAAGUAGAGGAGAUAUACGCUGCACCGAUAUUCUCCGAGACUCUGGAUAACAAGGCCAGGGAAUACGCAUCGACUAACCGUAAGCACCUCACUGGUUUGCUGCGACGCGCAAAGCUACUGUCUGGUGAAUCUGCCGUCGCUGUGGUGAUCACACGGCCGCCGGAAAUUAUUCUAUGUCUUAUAAUCCCGGUAGAGAACCAGGAGGUCUUCGCGAUAUUCGAUUCUCAUCCUCGCCCGAAACACCCUGACGGUGCUGCUUUCAUCUUCAAUACCUCUCUUGAAGGCACUACGACUUACCUGACUCAAUUGCUGGGAUAUGAUGCUCAGCUCCUCAUGGACAGGGAGAUACAAUGGGAAGCCCAGAUGCUCGCUCACUUCUCAGGGCAUGUCUUCGUAGCCAAGGACAAACCAGACAUCCCUUCGGUUUGGUUAAACGCGCUAAUCCGAGCGAGUCUGUCCGCUCUGUCUUUGAAAGCAGAUGUAGUUAGUCUGCAGUCGCAGAACAACUCGCUGGCGUCGGACAACUCCAGCCUCGGCAGAGAUAUUCAGCGACUCCAGACCGAGCUACGGAUGUUGAAGCAAGAACAGCACCGCCAGGGCAAUGGCCAACGCAGUGCAACUGCGAGGAAAGGCAAGGCCAGGGACGAAAGUGAGAUUGGACCUUCGACCUACCUCAGCUCCAUGCUGUGGCCGUGGCGGAUGCAAGUGGACGGUGCAAGUACGGAGAGGAAGCGGCUUGAUCAGUCUUCCGCUACAAGCCCGCCUCAAUCACCCAGCAACCAAGAGGAGGAGGACCUUCGAUAUGCUAUGCAGAUGCAGCUCGAGUACAGCUUGGAGGACAGUGUCCUUCACGACCAAAUGCUGGAAUUACAAGCGACGGCACAACGCACCUUCGAUUGCGUGAUCUGCCUGGAAAAGCUCCCGGAGGACUACAUCGCACCCCUGGACUCAUGCGCGCAUCGGUUCUGCACUGAGUGUCUCAGAAGCUACGUGCAGUCCAAGCUGCAGGAGGGUCGGUUCCCCAUCUUCUGCCCUGUCUGUAUGACAGGAGAUGGUAGCAAACACGAGUAUCCUGAGGACUACCAGACUUUCGUCGAGUUCGAAAUGACGGCGUUCUCUAUCCUGAUACAUUGUCGACAGUGCAAGGAAUCAGUCUUCGUCGACAAGGGAGAAUACAGCGAAAUGGAGAUCCUCACGUCGGCAGUCGCAGGCGGCACGCACUCUUGUGACGGGUCAAACGAGUUAAAGGACCUAAUGGAACAGCGGGGUUGGAAAAACUGCCCAGGCUGUCAGACGCCCGCCGAGAAGGUCGAAGGAUGCAACCAUAUGACGUGCCCCACGCCAGGCUGCAAUUCGCAUUUCUGCUACCGCUGUGGCCAGAUGAUUGUCCAAUCCGUAAGACAGCAGGAAGUAUCAACAGCGGUGUCAAACCAUUACCGCAGUUGCAGCCUAUUCCACUACGACUGA